UAGAACUUCACUGGAAGAUGAGACCAGAUCUUCUGAAAAUGAAAGAGGUUGCCCUUAUUUACCUUGAUAGGAGUGGUGGCCUUCAGAAAUUUGUGGAUGAUUGCAAACAAUAUAAUGACUCAAAGCAAACUUGCGCAGUCUAUCGAUUCAUUAUUUCGGUAAAUCCUUCUGAUAUUGCUGAGUUGGAUGCAGCUCUUGGAAAUCAGAUUCUGCACAAACCCAUGAAAGCUGCACAGAUUUUUCAGUCGGUCUGUUUCAUAGCUAUUAAAACACUGUCGUUAAUUGAACAAUUACAGACAGAGGCCCAAAUUAAUAUAGUGUUGAAACCAACACACUUGCCUCCUCUGCCAAGUUAUGUUCUCAGCCUUUGUGAGUUUCCACUUGAUUACAUGUCUCAGAGAUUUUAUAUGUCAGAGGGAAUAGUGAUUGCAAUGGGAACUGUAAUGAAAUACACACAAGGAGCAAGAUUCCUUUGUUCUGAGGAAACCUGUCCAUUUUCUGAAGGGUUUAAUUAUAUAAGAGUGCAUAUACCUGGAGCUACAGAGUCUGCAACAGUGAGGAAUGAUUUUGUAUGCAGUUUAUGUGCUUCACCACUGCGAGAAGAUAUGAAAUUUAGAGUACUUGGUGAUAAACAGCUAGUUGAAAUGAUAGAUGCAAAAGCUCUGAGUGCUUUCCAAGGGUAUUCCAACAAUAAACCACAUUUCAGGAUUCAGUCUUUUACAGUUUUCCUAAGAGAUGAAUUGUCGAACAAAAUGAAAAUAGGAAACAGGUAUAGGUUUAUAGGAAUUCCAGCCUUUGUACAAAACUGCUCACAAGUUACAGUCUGUAUAGAAGUCAACAGUAUACAGCUCUGUAGUCCAGAAGGUACUACUUGUAUCAGUGAGAAUUUUAAGUAUCUGCUCUCCUUGACUUCAAGUUCAUGUUGGAGGUUUACAGCCAUACUUGCCAACAUCUUUGCUUCUCAAGUUGUCCCACCAGGCACUUACAAUACUCUUAAACUGUCCAUACUGUUGAGUCUAGUCCAGACAUAUGACGGAGACAGUGAGAAAGCAGAUUACCUGGAUCUUUUGGUUGUGACCAGUGACACUCUAAUAGCAGAUAGGCUUUUGAAUUACAGUGUUUGUCUUGUAGCCCGUGGCAUACGGCACCCAGCAUCUAAUGACAUUUUUCCUACUGUGUCCAAAGAUAAGCAUGGAACUGGAACUGCUAGCAUUCAGGCUUGCAGUGCUCUGCUGGCCAAAGGUGGUAUCUGCUUCAUAGGAGAUUUGUUGUCACAUAAAAAGGAUAAACUUGAACUUCUGCAGUCAGUGCUUGAGAGCAGAACCACUACAGUAUUUAUUCCUGGAAAGAAGUACGGAGAAGAUGUUGACCAGCAAGUUAUUCUUCCAAUUCAGACCAGUUUCUGGACUUUUGUAGAUGAGGAUUCAUCUUCCAAAAAAUAUGUACAAAAGGAUAACACUCUAAUUGGCAAGCUGGACUUGAGAUCAGUAUCUGCUAACCUUAUGGAUGCUUUUGGGCUGCUGAUACACUGCAAUGAAUUAUCUUGCCAGCCAACUCUUCCUCUUUUGGAUCACAUCGUGAAAAAAGCCAUUGAUCCAGAAGUACCUUAUAUAAUCUCCCAGCAGUUCAGAACACAAGAUUAUGAAGAGCUUAUUGUAUUUGCUAAGAAUUUGCAAGUAGAACUCAGUUCAGAAGCAGAAAGACUCAUUCAUGGCUACUACCUAGCAAGUCGCAGAGUCAGAACAGAUUCUAUUCAUGGAUCAAAACUAUCAACGUCUGCACUGAAAAUCCUGGUUUCAUUGUCUGAAGCACACACUAAGCUGAGUUUAAGGAGGAAAGUACUUGAGGAAGAUGUGUUGAUUGCUGUCUUGUUAUUUGAAUCAUCUGUCACUUUAAAACAUGGUGCCUCUGUAUUUUGUGUAGCUCCAAAUGCAGUGUUUCCAUUUGACCUCAUUGAUGAAAACUCUCUGCAGCAAAGAGAUGUUUAUCUGAUGCAGUGCCAUCAGCAACUGUUACAGUUUAUUGCCACGUAUGGCCCUCGAACACAUGUUACUACUAGUGAAGAAUAAAGAACCCAUUCUGAAAGCAGAGCUUGUUCCUACUUCAAUGUUUUGAUUUUUUUGGAAAAUGUAAACAAAUUUAAAGUUUUAGAGUGAUGCUACUGCAAAAUGUAUAUGAAAAUUCAUACUCCUCUGGAUAAAAGUUUGUAACCACCUCAAAAUUAAACAACAUUGCAUGUUAAGUUUCUCAGACUGAACAUACCACUAGACUUGUGGCUUCUCAAAGCUGUGACCUCUAAAGAGAAGAUGACCCAGAGAAGAAAAGCAAAGCAAAGCACCAUACUCAUGCUGCUGGAAAUACUAAGUAGGUGACAAUGCUCAUGACCCCAUAAAUAUUAAAAUGUACCAAGUGAAUGGUAGUGAGAAACGUAUUGGGAAUGAGAGGAAAACAAAAGUUUAAAUAAAACUUGGUUUAAAAAAAAAAAAAAAA